AUGUCUAAAAACGUUUCUCGCCUCCUGGCGUCCACAGGUUCAAGAGGUGACGCCACAGACGUGGACAAUGGCAAGUCCUCAGAGAUGGCUGAGUCGCGCACGAGUCACCACUGCAAGUCCUACCUGCUCAGCAUGGUGCACAAACUGAGGACCAACACAGAGGUUAAUUCCUGGUUUGUUGAUCUAUGGAUAAGUGCAGAAAAGGUAGACAUAGACCCUGUGGUCAGCAAAAGCAGUGCGCGAAUCUUCCGACAGAAGGCCGUCACCUACAAUGCUGAUAACAUCGCAUCAUGUGAUAUCUUCGAGGACAAAGAUGGAGGUAAAUCUGUGUUCCGUCUCGCCUACUUUAAUGGACACGAGUUCAAACACCAUGACUUCGAAGCAGACACUGUGAUGUGCAAUGAAAUCGUACAGAAGUUUAACAACAUACUCGAGCUCAGGUUGAGUCCAGUACGGAAAGAAUACGUUUCUAACAGAGACAAGAAAAUGAUGAGGAAGCGGGAUUUUUCAUUGAUAUGAAACUUUGCAAUGUAUACUGUUAAAUCAUAAUUAAUAUAAUUCGACUCGAGGCACGUUAAUUUUAUUUGAUUGUUUGGGUCGAUCGAUUCAUGAAUUUUAAG